UUUGAGUGAACACUGCUACAUGUAAGUGUGUAUGACAGUAAAACACGAGUGAGUCGGUGGUGUUUACAAAUUCGGAAUGGAAUCAACAGUGGUGACAUUAGUGAUAUUCGUCCGAGUCUGCUGUGCUGGUCUGUUCCUAUACUCUUUUUUAACAGUUCAUAUUACUUUAUCAGCUAUUCUUACCUUCCUUCUUUUCAUUGCUUCCAUUUACAUACCGAGGAUCGUCAAGGCUUUAAUAGAAUUCAGAACACCACGUAAAGUAUUAACCACUAAGCAGAUCGUUGACGAACUCUAUCCUGUUGUAAAACCGGAAGUUCUCCAACAAGAUGUAGCCGCUUCAGUGACUGCACUCGUCACGUAUGACGCAGAACACGUCAGCAGUCUGGAGAACUUUGACGUCGUCAGACAAAAUACUGAAUGCAUAUUUGCCAAGAAAUCGAAAUUAUGGGGAUCUAAAGAAUGGACACGAGAACUGAGUCUGGAAGAGAACAUUCACAGGUUGUCUCCAACUUUUUUGAUGUUUUCUAUGAUGUGUAGACAACAUCGCUUAGACGGAUUUCUAAUAGAGAUACCUCAGGAGACGUAUGCCUUUGAUUUGGAGUGUUUUUCUAACAGCGUACGUCGAGUUCUGCAAGUUCUUUCCGAUUUGGAUCCGAAAGGCGCCAGAUGUAUGGAUACAAUCGGAACAAAAAAUCAAAGAGGUUGGGUGUUCCAGUUUCAUGACGUCACAUAUUUUAUAACGACUUUUGCUCCUUUUUAUCCCGACACGAAUUCGAGGUAUUCGUUCGGCGCUCAAGGCUGCUUUAUUCUACUUCAACCUGAAAUAAGUUUUGCUUUACAUAAUCUGCCACCUGACACUCCACAUACGAACUGGGACGAACCAAAAUCAGUUCGUGAUAAGAUCCGAAUUGCAUUUCGAGACGCUGGAAGGGAGUAUGAAAUCCCAACAUCUCUUUUUAGGCCUGUUGCUUGGGACAUAGUCCGACCAUUACAUAAUAAGGAACCUGUUGUUAAAUGGUGGGAGAAAACAAAAGAAGAUUGAUAUAUGUUUUAACAAGCUCUAGACUCUAUAUAUAGAGAUAUAAGUAUCAUUUGACAACAUCACAUGUUUCCUGUGAUUUUGACCCUCAAAUUGCCCCUCCCCUUCUUGCAACAAAGAUUGGUUUUAAUGGCUGGU